AUGGGUGCAUCAGGCUUAGCUUCUGCUUUAGCAAAGUGCAUUAAUCUCUCAAAUUUAAGACUUUGGCUUUAUGAAAAUUAAAUUGGUGAUGAAGGUACAUCAGCUUUAGGUUCAGGUUUAGAAAAGUGCAUGAAUCUCUCAAAUUUGACACUUGAACUUAGUAAUAAUUAAAUUGGUGCAAAGGGUGCAUCAGGCUUAAGUUCUGGUUUAGCAAAGUGCUUUAAUCUCUCAAAUUUGACACUCUAAUUUAAUAAUAAUUAAAUUGGUGAUGAAGGUACUUCAGGCUUAGGUUGUGCUUUAGCAAAGUGCAUUAAUCUCUCUAAUUUGGCACUUUUCCUUAAUUCCAAUUAAAUUGGUGAAAUAGGUGCAUCAGGAUUAGGUUCUGGUUUAGCAAAGUGCAUUAAUCUCUCAAAUUUGACACUUUUUAUUGGUAAAAAUUAAAUUGGUGUAAUGGGUGUAUCAGGCUUAGCUUCUGCUUUGGCAAAGUGCAUUAAUCUCUCAAAUUUGACACUUAACAUUUUUGAAAACUAAAUUGGUGAUGAAGGUACAUCAGCUUUAGGUUCUGCAUUAGCAAAGUGCAUAAAUCUCUAAAAUUUGACACUUCACCUUUAUGAAAAUUAAAUUGGUGAUGAAGGUACAUCAAGUUUAGGUUCUGCAUUAGCAAAGUGCAUUAAUCUCUCAAAUUUGACACUUUACCUUUAUUCUAAUUAAAUUGGUGAUGAAGGUACAUCAGCUUUAGGUUUUGCAUUAGCAAAGUGCAUAAAUCUCUCAAAUUUGACACUUUACCUUAAUAAUAAUUAAAUUGGUGAUGAAGGUAUAUCAGGCUUAGGUUCUGCUUUAGCAAAGUACAUUAAUCUCUCAAAUUUGAGUCUGUACCUUAGUUCCAAUUAAAUUGGUGAAAUGGGUGCAUCAGGUUUAGGUUUUGGUUUAGCAAAGUGCAUUAAUCUCUCAAAUUUGAUACUUGACCUUAGUGAAAAUUAAAUUGGUGAUGAAGGUACAUCAGACUUAGGUUCUGCAUUAGCAAAGUGCAUUAAUCUCUCAAAUUUGACACUUUACCUUUAUGAAAAUUAAAUUGGUGACAAUGGUACUUCAGACUUAGGUUCUGCUUUAGCAAAGUGCAUUAAUCUCUCAAAUUUGGCACUUGACCUUACUGAAAAUGAAAUUGGUGAUGAAGGUGCAUCAGUCUUAACUUCUGCUUUAGCAAAGUGCAUUAAUAUCUCAAAAUUGAGACUCUAACUUAGUUCCAAUUAAAUUGGUGAGAAAGGUACAUCAGACUUAGGUUCUGCUUUAGCAAAGUGCAUUAAUCUCUAAAAUUUGACACUUGAACUUAGAUACAAUUAAAUUGGUGGUGAAGGUACAUCAGGCUUAGGUAUUAGUUUAGCAAAGUGUAUUAAUCUCUCAAUUUUGAAACUUGGUCUUGGUUGCAAUUAAAUUGGUGCAAUGGGCGCAUCAGGCUUAGGUUCUGCCUUAGCAAAGUGCAUUAAUCUGUCAAAUUUGACACUUGACCUUAGUUACAAUUAUUUUGGUGAUGAAGGUACAUCAGGCUUAGGUUCUGGUUUAGCAAAGUUCAUUAAUCUCUAAAAUUUGACACUUAACCUUUAUAAUAAUUAAAUUGGUGAUGUAGGUACAUCAAGCUUAGGUUCUGCUUUGGCAAAGUGCAUUAAUCUCUAAAAUUUGACACUUAACCUUUUUGAAAAUUAAAUUGGUGAUGAAGGUACAUCAGAUUUAGGUUCUGGUUUAGCAAAUUGCAUUAACCUCUCAAAUUUGACACUUAACCUUUUUGACAAUUAAAUUGGUGAUGAAGGCACAUCAGGCUUAGGUUCUGGUUUAGCAAAUUGUAUUAAUCUCUCAAAUUUGACUCUUAGCCUUGAUCUCAAUUAAAUUGGUGCAAUAGGCGCAUCAGACUUAGGUUCUGCUUUAGCAAAUUGUAUUAAUCUCUCAAAUUUGAUACUUGAUCUUGGGUAAAAAUAAAUUAUUUAUUUUGGAUUGUGAUAUUUUUAAUUAUAAAAACUAACUUAAAACAAUAAAGCCCUUUUUUCUUUUUCUUUUUAUUGUGCUUGCUUUUUUUUCUUCUUUUUUUGUUAAUUUAACUCAUCAUUUUAUUUUCAGCUUUUGUUUUAUUAUUAUUAAUUAAUUUUAUUAUUUCAUAUUUUUUUAUUCAUUUUCUCCUUAAAAUUAACUAAAUUUUUGUUUUAAUUUUCAUUAAUAUUUAAAAAGUGACAAUUAAAUUGGUCAUCAAGGUACAUCAGGCUUAGGUUUUGGUUUAGCAAAGUGCAUUAAUCUCUCCAAUUUGACACUUAAGCUUUAGUAAAAACAGUUUAUUAAUUUUGGAUUGUGAUAUUUAAUUAUAAAAACUAACUUAAAACAAUAAACCUCAUUUUUCUUGAGCUUGCUUUUUUUUCCUCAUUCUUUGUUAAUUUAACUCAUCAUUU